UACUAACUGUAUGACCAGAUCUUGCAUCAUCAGUUCGGAGUCGGACAUCUUCCUCCUCCUCUAGUUUGCUUCGCAAUUUCUUCUUUUCUUGGUAUGAGUUAUAUAUAGUGUUUCCAUCAAUCUUUAUUUUGGCCAGUUGGUCGAGGUAGCGCGCAUAUACACCAUGGCUGCUUCAAGUUCAAGACAAGACAUUGAAACCUUGGCAAAGAUGGAAGAAGGUGCUGCUCAUGAUCAUGAGCACGGCGUGGAAGAUAUCGAGAUGGUGAACACUGCAGAGCAAUGGAAUUGGGAGGAGGAGGAGGAGGAGAAUAUUGACAAAUGCAGGGAUCGUGAAAUACGCGAGCAUGCAACAACUGUCAAUGAUCCGAACCGUACAAGACCAAAGCUCAGGUCAGAAAUGUUCGAACAGAGAAGCACCCUUGGGAAUUACUUUAUUCACUUGGCUUCAAGUGUGGGCGAUCUGGGGAGUGUCAAACUGAUAACUGAGCUACAUCCGUCGCAAGUCCUGAAACAAAACAAUGAAGGAAACCUUCCACUUCAUUUAGCAGCAACAGCAGGACGUCUAUCUACGGUCAGCUUUCUGGUGGAAAUUUCCCAAACUAACAAUUAUAAUCUACUGGUUGAGAAGAAUACGAGAGGGAACACCGCGUUGCACGUUGCCAUGGAAAAUCGCCAAAAAGAGGUGGCUAAGUUCUUGAUUAAUAAUGACGAAUCGAGGUUUUCUCCAAAUAUUUAUGGCAAGACUCCCUUGUCCAUGGCUGCUGAAGCUGGGAAUGUUGAGCUCUUUGAACAUAUGAUAUUUGGCAGACCUAGUCGGUUGCCCCUUGACAAUUUUCCAGAGGAACGAUGGGAAGGGAACUCAGUUCUGCGCGCUGCCAUUCUAGGAAGGAACAGAGAAAUCAUAAACAUAGUCCUGCUAUGCAUUUCUUCAUCUCUAGUCGGGGCAACGGAUGAAGAGGGGAUAACUCCUCUCACACUUGGGGCAUAUAUAGAUGACUUUGAAACUGUUAGCACCGUGCUAGCAACUGUCGGAGGUUCAGCUGCCGCAAACAAAGAGGACAAAAAUGGCUUCACUCCCAUACAUUUGGCUUCCAGAAAGGGCCACAUCACGAUUGUUGAGUUGCUUCUCAAACAUUGCCCACCUCCGAGGAACUUACUUGACAAAAACAACUGGAAUAUUCUUCACACGGCAGUGUGGCAUCGAAGAGACAACAUGGUCAAAUAUUUUCUUGGCAAGUUUGAGUUUCAAGAGUUGAUUAAUCAAAAGGAUAAAUUUGGAAACACUCCUCUGCAUUUAGCCGUACGGCAAGGGUACCCAAAGACUGUCAGCAUUUUGGCAUCAAGCAAGAGAGUUAACUUCAGCGUUAGGAACAAUGAAGGCCACUCAGCAAUGGACAUUGCACGAAUGUCCUUGAUGGGCGAAAAAACCUUGUUUCUUCGCCGGCCUCUAACGGUCAUGGCCUUGACAUUAGCAAGUGCUUCGCGUUCUCCAGAGAAGAGUAUUUCUUCCAAAGUAAAGCCAACGGAAGCUAAUUAUUUCAACGUCACGGAGCAAAGGGGAGCAUUUCUUUCUGUUGUCCCCGAGGACGCUAGUAGCCAUAUACAGACUGUCAAUAAUCUCCUACUGGUGUCAACACUCGUAGCCACUGUAACCUUUACUGCUGGCUUCACCAUGCCAGGUGGAUAUAUGAGCUCUGGAAACAACGAAGGCAAGUCAACUUUGGUUACAGAUUGGCUAUUCCAAACAUUCUUGAUAUGCAACACCAUAGCAAUGUAUAGCUCAAUCACUGUUGCAAUUGGUCUUUUGUGGGCGCAGACGGGUGAUAUGAGUUACGCUUGUUCAAAAGUUGGACCACCAAUUUUAGGCUUAGCUCUUUCGAUGAUGCUUGUGGCGUUCAUGGCUGGUGUUGCUUUGGUAACAAGUAACCUUACUUGGCUUGCCAUAUUCGUCGUCAUCACGGGUUCAAUCUUCCUCGUCAUUGUAUUACUGUUGCUUGUUUCAUUGAUCAUCCCGAUUUCUACCAAGCAUCGCAUUACAUGUUUCGUUUUACGUUGUGUCUUCCAUAUGUUACUGAACAUACCCAAGUAUGACGAUGUUGACGACUGAUUAUGAAAGAAGAUUGAACUUUGGAUUCGAAAUCUAUGCCAUGGAAAGUUACAAAGACAAGGCAUGUUGAGUAGGGUGUGAGAAGUAAGAAGGAUCUUUGCGUGUCCUUCAUGUAUCUGUUCUGUAUGUUUUCAUAAAUUGAAAGCGUAGGACGACUGUAGAAUGCCAAUAACAUUCUCUUACUUAAAUGUAAUU